GUUUCUCAAUCUCAAUUCCGUCAUCAAAAAACUCAAAAAAUUAAAAUGAACUGGCGAUUUUUCGCCAAAGUUAGCAUAAUGUCAAUGUUUUAAUAAUUAAUAUUGUUUUUUAUCGCCAAUUUAUAGAAUAAUUGAACAGUUCGGUCAUCUUAGUAUCGUUUAUUAUGCUCGUUCGGUAAUUCAGAUAUUUCGUGUAAUGUACGUUUAAAAUCCAUCGAAUAUGUCUGAUCGUAAAGCAGAACUAGAGAAGAAGAAAGCCAAACUUCAAGCUAUCAAAGCAGAGAAGGAACGAAGGCGUCGUGAAAAAGAGCAAAAAGAUGCCGAAGAAGCAGUAUUACGUACAUCCUCUGCUGAUCGCGACCAGCGAAGAGAAUUGGAUGAGCUUUUAUCAUCACUGGGUGUAGCACCAGUAUCAGAUAUUCUAUCUAGUCUUUCCAGUGUAGCUUCCGGUUCGGGUGAUCAUCAAAAUAGUUCUCUGACCACGCCGGAAAAUAGUCUUCAAUCUAACGCAGCUGUAUCUCAAGGCGCUACUUCAAAAAAAAAGCAAACCAGUCUUAGUGUAGUUAAUGUUCAAACGACAUGCAUUCCUCCCAAAGAAACGGUCGUGUAUUCCAAGCAAACACAGACUACUCAAUCAUCGAAUGAAAGAGAUGGAUCUUGUUCUUCUUCCCCUUUGAAAGGUUAUUUCGAAGAUUGGUGGAGACCUCGUAAAGCUCAAGCUUUCGGAUAUUACGACGAAUACAAUCUAAAUCCCGGUUUAGAAUGGGAAGAUGAGUUUACAGUUUUGACUUAUGAUGAUGUACAAGCGGAAGACGAAGAAAGUAGUUUACCGACGAUCGGAGGUUAUCAAAGUAAAUUGCCACCUGGUAUAUUACCUCAUGGAUUACCUCAAGUUAAGGAAGUGCAGCCUGCUUGUACUUCGCUCGAGACUCAAGAAAAUAAAAAAGAAGAACCUAAACCAGUGAGAGAACUUAGUGAAGAGGAAAAAAUGAUGAUCGUGUUAUCGAAAGAUUUUCAAAAUUUUAUGGAUCGAUGUGGUCGUAUCAUGGAGAGAGCACUAUCCGAAAAUAUCGAUAUUUAUACAGAUUACACCGGUAUUUCGAAUGGCGACGAAAGAAACGAAGACAAAAGUGGUACUCGUCUCUCCUUGAAUAGAGUAUUUUUCGACGAAAAAUGGUCCAAAAAUAGAUGCGUCACUUCGUUAGACUGGAGUCCACAGUUUCCCGAGUUGCUGGUCGCCUCGUAUAAUCAAAAUUACGAAUCUCCCCACGAGCCAGAUGGCGUUUGUUUAGUAUGGAAUACGAAAUUCAAGAAAAAUACACCGGAAUACAUAUUCCAUUGUCAAUCGGCUGUGCUUUCGGCUACUUUUGCUAGAUUCCAUCCUAAUUUGAUCCUCGGUGGUACAUAUUCUGGUCAGAUUGUGCUUUGGGAUAACCGAGUACAAAAGAGAACACCUGUACAGAGGACUCCUUUAUCGGCUACAGCUCAUACGCAUCCUGUGUAUUGUUUGAAAGUAGUCGGUACCCAGAAUGCUCAUAAUUUGAUAAGUGUCUCUACGGAUGGUCGUUUAUGCUCGUGGAGUUUGGAUAUGUUAUCGCAACCUCAAGAAACCUUGGAGCUGCAACACAAGCAAGCUAAACCGGUCGCCGUCACUUCGUUUACAUUUCCUUAUAACGAUGUUAAUAAUUUCGUUGUUGGUAGCGAAGAAGGCAUCGUAUAUUCUGCUUGUAGACAUGGUAAUAAAGCCGGAGUAUUGGAUAUGUACGAAGGGCACCAUGCUCCUGUCACCGGUAUCGAUGCUCAUAUGGUUCAGACUGGUAUUAGUUUCAAUCAUUUAUUCUUAACGUCGUCUUUCGAUUGGACCAUCAAAUUAUGGAAUAUGAAGGAAACUAAACCUUUGUAUUCGUUCGACUAUAACGAUACGGUAAUGGAUGUUGCAUGGUCUCCGGUCCAUCCUGCAGUAUUCGCCGCCGUUGAUAUACAAGGCAAAGUGGAUGUCUGGGAUUUAAAUACAGAUACGGAGAUCCCCAUUGUUAGCACUCAAAUCGAUGGUAACGCUGCAAUAAAUCAAGUCUCAUGGACGCCCUCCGGUACUCAUAUUACUGUCGGAGAUGAAGGUGGUAAAAUAUGGCUGUACGAUGUAGGAGAGCAAAUUGCUCAUCCUCGUCACGACGAAGCAUCUAAAUUGGUCCAUACGUUACAAGAGUUUAAAAAUAAUCAGGCCGACGAAGAAAUUGAUAAAACUCCUUCGACGUUUAAUUCCGGUCCCAGUUCGCUAUCGUCGCUUACGUCUCCUCGAUAAUUUUUUUUACAUAUGAAAGUAUUUUCUUUUUCAUUUUUUUAAAAAUAAAAGUUUACCUAUGUAUUGUCUAAUACGUUGCUGAUGUAAUUUAAUAAUGCUAUUUAUUUUGUUAAUUUAUUAGAAUUAACUUAUUUAUUGUUUUUCGUUACUACGCAUUUUAAUUAAAACGUUCUGAACAAUGUGCAUUUA